AUGGGAGCCCGCGGCGCCGAGGCCGCGGCCAACGGCGACUGCUGGGCCAAGGAGAAGAGCGCCAAGGCCCUGGAGCUGUUCGCCCACUUCAGCCCCGAGCCCGGCGAGGACGGCGCCAACCUCAUCGACAGAGCGCGGGAGUGCAAAGCCAAGGAGAAGCCCCUGGCCGUGCCCGCGCUGGCCGCGUCCCCCGGCCCGUCCCUGGAGUGCAAGGAGCCGCUGGCCGGGGCCGCCGAGGGCCUGGACGCCGCGUUCCCCGCGCCCUUCCGGGCCGCGGCGCCCGGCGACGCCUCCCACCCCGUCGCCUGCAUCAAGAAGGAGGAGUCGGACCCCGAGGAGGCUGCGGCGCGGGGCUGCAGCCCCAAGGGGCUGGUGCUGGACCACCUCAAGUCCGUCACCGUGCGCUACUCGGCCGGCGACUCUGCCGCGGCGGCGUGGCCGGCAGCGGAGCCGGCGGCGCUGGACGGCGGCACCGGCGCCGCGGCCGAGCUCAAACGCUCGCCCGGCAGCCCUCGGGAGCCCUUCUCCUCCCCGGGAAUUGCCAUCCCGCCCUCCCCCAAGCAGCUCUCCUUGAAGGAGGAGCGGGAAAUGCUGGGGAAAUCCGUGGGGAGCCCUCCCAGCGUUUCCAGCGGCGAGGAGGAGGAGGAGGAGGAGGGAAGCACCAACUCGCCGUCCUCCAGCUCCUCGCGGCCGCUCAAGGUGCGCAUCAAAACCAUCAAAACCUCCUGUGGCAGCAUCACCAGGACGGUCACCAGGGUGUCCUCGGACUCGGAGCCGCCCUCCACCAAAAUCCCCAGCGAGCAGAAUUCCCAGGAGCCCUUGGAAUGUCCCGCCGGCAUCGCCACGGAGGCGGCGGCCAAGGAGAAGUCGGAGCUCUCCAGCCCCCUGAAAAACACGGAGGGGCCGAAAAUCGUCAGCGUCCAGCUGGGCAACGGCACCAAGCUGAAGGGCACGGUGCUGCCCGUGGCCACCAUCCAGAGCGCCAGCAGCGCCAUGCUCAUCGCCGCCAGCGUGGCCCAGCAGAAAUCCGUGGUCCUGCCGGGAAAAUCCGGGAAAUCCGUGGCCAAGAACAUCCUGAACCUGGUGCCGCAGCCGCUGCCCAAGGGCGACGGCAGGAGCGGCGGCGGCGCCAAGGCCAACGGCGGCGCGGCGCUGCCCAAGGCGGCGCCCAGCGUGGCCGGCACCGUCAUCUCCCGCAGCCAGUCCAGCCUGGUGGAGGCCUUCAACAAGAUCCUCAACAGCAAGAACCUGCUGCCCACCUACAAACCCAACCUGAGCCCCCCGGCCGAGUCCAGCCUGGCGCUGCCGCCCUCGGGCUACCGCUGCCUGGAGUGCGGCGACGCCUUCGCGCUGGAGAAGAGCCUGGCGCGGCACUACGACCGGCGCAGCAUGCGCAUCGAGGUCACCUGCAACCACUGCACCAAGCGCCUGGUGUUCUUCAACAAGUGCAGCCUGCUGCUGCACGCCCGCGAGCACAAGGACAAGGGGCUGGUGAUGCAGUGCUCGCACCUGGUGAUGCGGCCCAUCGCGCUGGAGCAGAUGAUCGGCCAGCCCGACAUCACCCCGCUGGUGUCGCUGGCCCUGCCCGCCGGGAAGGUGGCCCAGGAGGGCGGGGCCGCGGCGCAGGAGCUGCCCGUGCUGCCCCUGGGCUCGGAGCAGAGCAGCUACAGCUGCUUCAGGUGCCUGGAGUGCAAGGAGCAGUGCAAGGACAAGGCCGGGCUGGCAGCGCACUUCCAGCAGGCCGGGGUGGCCACCAGCAGCAGCAGCACGGUGUGCUCGGCGUGCCCCAUGAUCCUGGCCAACCGCUGCAGCUUCAGCGCGCACCAGCGCAUGCACCGCAGCCGCCCGCCCCACGUCUGCCCCGAGUGCGGCGGCAACUUCCUGCUGGCCAACUUCGAGUCCCACCUCAAGGACUCCUGCCUGCACUUCUCCCGCAGGGUGGGCUACAGGUGUCCCAGCUGCUCCGUGGUGUUCGGCGGCGUCAAUUCCAUCAAGUCCCACAUCCAGAGCUCCCACUGCGAGGUUUUCCACAAGUGUCCCAUCUGCCCCAUGGCCUUCAAGUCCGCGCCCAGCGCCCACGCCCACGUGUACACGCAGCACCCCGGCUUCAGCAACCAGCAGUCCAAGAUGAUUUACAAGUGUGCCAUGUGUGACACGGUGUUCACGCACAAGCCGCUGCUGUCGUCGCAUUUCGACCAGCACCUGCUGCCGCAGCGCGUCAGCGUCUUCCGCUGCCCGCAGUGCCCGCUGCUCUUCGCCCAGAAACGCACCAUGCUCGAGCACCUCAAGAACACCCACCAGCCCCAGAGGUGCAAGGACGACUCCUCCCGCAGCUCGGCGGCUCCGCUGGCGCCCAAGGCGGAGCCGCUGGAGGCGCCGGCGCCGCGCAACUCCUCGGAGUCCUCGAGCUCGUCGGAGGAGGACGAGGCGCCGAGCUCGCCCGAGCUGCGGCGCGCCCGGCGCGGCCGCUUCGCCCGCAAGGGCGGCAGCAAGGCCAAGGGCGGCGGCUGGAGCUGCGGCGCCUGCCGCUCCUGGUUCCCCGAGCGCGACGAGUACGUGGCGCACAUGAAGAGGGAGCACGGCAAGUCCGUGAAGAAGUUCCCGUGCCACCUGUGCGAGCGCUCCUUCUGCUCGGCGCCGAGCCUGCGCCGCCACGUCCGCGUCAACCACGAGGGCAUCAAACGCGUCUACCCCUGCCGGUACUGCACGGAGGGGAAGAGGACGUUCAGCAGCCGGCUGAUCCUGGAGAAGCACAUCCAGGUGCGGCACGGCAUCAAGGUGACGGACCCCGCCCGCAGCCAGGAGGUCGUCAUCGCCCGCGGCCCCUCGGGCCCCGCCCAGGCGCCGGGCCGCAAGCGGAAGCUCUCCUCGGACGAGUCGUGCAGCGAGGAGCCCGACAGCACCACCCCCCCUGCCCAGACCCCCAAACCCUGCGGGGCCAAGGCCCCGUUCCGCUGCAGGAAGUGCGGGUUCCUGGCCGGGAGCCGCGCCGAGUUCCAGGCGCACAUCCCGCAGCACCGCACGGACGGGAACUGCCAGCAGUGCCGCGAGUGCGGCCUCUGCUUCACCUCGCAGAGCUCCCUCAGCCGCCACCGCUUCAUCUCCCACAAGAAGAAGAAGGGGGCCGAGCCUGAGGACGCCGCGGGAGGCGCUUCCCAAGGGAGCGGCGAGGCCGGCACCGGGAAUUCCGGCGGCGCCGAGGGGCGGCUGGAGUGCAAAGUGUGCGGGAGGGGAUUCGAGAGCCAGCUCAACCUCAAGACGCAUUUCCGGACCCACGGAAUGGCCUUCAUCCGAGCCCGGCAGGGGGCCGAGGAGAACUGAGCAUUCCCGGGAUUCUGGGAUUUCUGGGAUUGAGUUCAUCCGAGCCCGGCAGGGGGCCGAGGAGAACUGAGCAUUCCCGGGAUCCUGGAAUCCUGGGAUUGAGUUCAUCCGCGCCCGGCAGGGGGCCGAGGAGAACUGAGCAUUCCCGGGAUUCUGGAAUCCUGGGAUUGAGUUCUUCCAAGCCCGAGGAGAACUGAGCAUUCCCAGGAUUCCAUGGGAUCAGCUCCGAGCCUGGGAAUCUCAGCAUUCCCAAAUUCUGGGAUCAGCCCCCAGGACAACUGAGCAUUCCUGGCAAUCUCAGCAUUCCCGGAAUUCCGGGAUCAGCUCCAAGGCCGGGAAUUGGCGCCGUGUACAUAAAACUCCCCCAGAGCCCUUCCCGGUGUCCGAGGGAAAGUUGGGAAUGGGAUUGGGAUUGGGAUGAUCCCAAAUCCCGCCAGGAAUCCCCUGGGAAUGUUGGAUUGGGGGUUUCCAGGACCCCUCCAGGCCCUUCCCAGGAAUUCCCGGAUCCGGAUGGGGCGGGGGAAGCUUUUCCAGCAAAAUCCACCUUUUUUUGUUGUUUUUGGGUUUUGUUUGGUUUUCCUGGAUUUUUUUUCCCGUUUGGGAACGCUCCUGGUGUGUUUUGUUGGGAAAGGGGCAAUUCCAGAGUCCUGGAAUUCCGCAGGUCCCCAGGAAGGACACUGGGACACUCCCGAGGGAGCAGGAGGAGGAAAAAAGCUGGGAAAAAGGAGAGAAAAGAAGGAAAAGGAUCCCAAAAAACCACCAGGACUGGGAAGGGAUCCCUCAAAUCCCAGCCAGGAGCCUUUUCCUGAAGGAAAAGUGGGAAAACUGCUCCCAAAUUCCAGGCUGAGGCUUGGGGGCUUUUCCAACUUUUUUCCAGCUCCUCCUUCCCCUCGGGAUCCAGGACCUUUUCCCACUUCCAAUCUCCCAAAAAAUCCUCUGGAAAAGCCCCUCCGGACUCCACCGCUGUUCCCAGAAUUCCUGGAAGAAUUCCCGGGAUUCCCUCUGGAUACCCCUCCCCUCCCCUGUAAAGUUGUAUCAUACACUAAAACCCAGGAUCCCAACAACUGCUGUGCUCCCUCUGGGAUUUGGGUUGGUUUUCCAAGGUUUUUUCCCUUUUUUUGUGUUUUUCGGGAUGGCAGAAGCUGUUUUGGGGGUUGAUUUUAUUUUUUCUUUGGUUUUUUUUGGAUUUUUAUUCCCAGUUUUUCUGACUUUUUCCAGCAGGAAUUGGGGAGUUUUCCCUCCCCUUUUCCCUGCAGGUGGAUGGAUGGAAAAAGAGUGGGAAAAAACUGGGAAAAAUCAGGUGGAAUCGGCCAUUCCCAGAAAUCCCCCGGGCCAGGUGUAAAUACAGAGAAGAAAUUAAAGUUUCUACGAGAUUUAGAAGGAAAAAAUUCCAAAAAAACUAUGGAAAAAUGGCUUUGGACCCACGGUUUUCCAGCAUUUCAGUGCCUUGAGCUGGAUUGGGGUGGAGGGAGGGAGGGGCUGGAAUUUGGGGAUGUUCCCCCCUGGAAUUUCGGGGUUGGACUCCUGGAAUUCCGGGAAUGUUCCCCCCUGGAAUUUCGGGGCUGUUCCCCAGGGGUUUGGGGAUUUUGGGAAUGUGCUGACGGAAAGCCGCGGGCUCGAGAGGCUCUCAGGAAUUCUUUAUUCUGUAGGAAUCGAUUCCAUUAAACUCCAGUGGUUUCACCCUCUGUGCCCGGCCUCGGCUCCUCCCGGGAAUUCCCGGGAAAAGCUCCCGGGAACGGGAAUGGGGAGGGGGGAGGGGCUGAGGGCUCCGCUGCAUCCCCGAAUUUUGGUCCUGCCCCCCAAAAAAGGGGCUUGGGAAGGGCUGGGGUCCCCCCGUCCCCUCCCGGUGUCCCCAGAGCCCCCUGCCCCCUCCCCGGGGGGUUGAAAAUCCAAAUUUUGGGGUUUUUUAAUGCUGAAAA